CUUACUAAAACCCUAGCUGCCUCCCAGUCUCACCCAUAUAUAAGUGAAGAUCGACAUUUUAUCACCUCCUAUUGAGAAAUCUCUCUCGUUCUCAGAUCUGAUAUCUAUUCGGCGAACGAUUUGCUGAUUAGCUAUGGCUUUGGUCUUGCAUUCCACUCCAAACAAAAAUGUCUUCAAGACACUUAUUGUUGCGGAGUACAGCGGGGUCCAAGUAGAUCUUGCUCCCAAUUUUCAGAUGGGUGUAUCUAACAAAACACCGGAGUUUCUGAAGAUCAACCCUAUUGGAAAGAUUCCUGUGCUUCAAACCCCUGAUGGUGCAAUUUUUGAGAGCAAUGCGAUUGCUCGUUAUGUUACUCGUCUGAAGGCUGACAAUCCUCUUUAUGGUUCUUCGUCCAUUGAAUAUGGCCAUAUUGAACAGUGGAUUGAUUUUGCAACACUGGAAAUUGAUGCUAAUAUUGCGAAGUGGUUGUAUCCAAGGAUGGGAUAUGCUGUUUACCUUCCUCCUGCUGAGGAAGCUGCUAUUGCUAGCUUGAAGAGGGCACUAGUUGCUUUGAGUACACAUUUGGCUUCAAACACUUUCUUGGUUGGUCAUGCUGUGACCCUUGCUGAUAUCAUAUUGACAUGUAAUUUAUACAUGGGAUUCUCCAAUGUCAUGACCAAAAGCUUCACCUCUGAGUUUCCCCAUGUGGAGAGAUACUUUUGGACCAUGGUUAAUCAGCCUAACUUCAAAAAAAUAUUGGGUGAGGUAAAGCAAGCAGUUUCAGUUGUUCCUAUUCAAUCUACAAAGAAGGCUCCACAGCCAAAAGAAGCUAAAGCAUCAAAGCCCAAGGAUGAGCCAAAGAAGGAAGCACCUAAAGCUAAAGAAGUGGAUGUUGAGGAAGAAGAGGCUCCAAAGCCCAAAGCAAAGAAUCCUCUUGAUCUUCUUCCUCCAAGCCCCAUGGUAUUGGAUGAUUGGAAGAGACUGUAUUCCAACACCAAGUCCAACUUCCGUGAAGUUGCUAUUAAGGGUUUCUGGGAUAUGUAUGAUCCAGAGGGAUACUCUCUUUGGUUCUGUGAUUACAAGUACAAUGAUGAGAACAUGGUCUCCUUUGUGACCAUGAACAAGGUCGGUGGGUUUCUUCAGCGUAUGGACCUGACCCGCAAGUAUGCUUUCGGAAAGAUGCUAGUGAUUGGUGCAGAGCCUCCAUUCAAGGUGAAGGGUCUUUGGCUAUUCCGUGGACCUGAAAUCCCAAAGUUUGUUCUUGAUGAGUGCUAUGACAUGGAACUUUACGAGUGGACAAAGGUUGACAUUUCCGAUCCAGCCCAGAAGGAGAGGGUUAGCCAGAUGAUUGAGGAUCAAGAGCCAUUUGAAGGAGAGCCUCUUUUGGAUGCUAAAUGUUUCAAGUGAGCAUUCCUCAAAAAAGGAAAAAGACUACAAGUUUUGGUACUUUAUUUCCCUUUUUUUAAAAUUACAAGAAACCAAGCUCUUUAGUACUUUCAUUAUGCGGGUUUUAGAAUUUAGAAACAUCUUUUUGAAUUUCUAAAAUAUUUUCAGACGUUGCCAGAGUGUUUUUUUGGAUGAUUGUUGUCAACUGAUAAUGGUUUCUAUAUUAUUUAUCCUGGAUUCUUAGUUCAUGUGAGUGGACUAACUUUAUUUACUUCU